CAAGAAGUUCGUGACAGCACAUGAUGGCAGCCUGGACUGGAAGGAUACUGCUGAUGUGUGCGGUCCUCACUGGGCAAGGGUCAAAGGCUCAGGAUUGUGGGCUGGCACGUCUGAACACAAGGAUAGUGGGUGGUGAGAAUGCCACAGCUGGGGCAUGGCCCUGGCAGGUCAGCAUUCACAUUAAUUUUGCAGCGAUUCACAUCUGUGGAGGGACCCUCAUCAGUGCCCAGUGGGUACUCACAGCAGCCCACUGCAUCAUAAUACACCUUCCUAGUGUAUGGAUUCUCUACUUCGGAAGAGAGACUCAGUCUGGCCCCAAUGUUCAUGAGGUGAACCGCACCGUGUCCCAGAUCAUCGUCCAUCCCGAGUACAACAAUAUGCCGUUCAACAACGACAUUGCCCUAAUGAAGCUCAGCAGCCCUGUCAAUUUCACUAACUACAUCAGACCUGUCUGCCUGGCAAGUAACUUCAGCCAGUUUUACAACUCCACCCCCUGCUGGGCCACUGGCUGGGGCAGACUUGGAAAGGAUGGGGGAUUCCGGUGGACCUUUGCAAUGCAAACAAUCCUCAAUGUGGAUCCAGGCUGGCAUUACCAGUUUUGGACUACCAUGUGCCGUAGCUGGUUUUCCUGAGGUUUAUGCACGAGUGUCUGAGUUCCAGACUUGGAUCAUGGAUCAAGUGAUGGGCGCGAAUGUUCACUUUGUGACAUUCAGAUCCAGUGGCACCGACCAGGACAACAGCUUUGUG